GAUGUCGAUGCGUGCUCUCGCGAGCCGGAUGUCGCUCACGCGCGGCAGUUCGUUCCGUGCACUCAAGCAUGCGCAUUCUCCGUGGCAAUCUACUUCCUUGGCGCGAUCAACGCCGAAGUUUAUGCAAGCGCCUGUGCGACCUCGUGGUUUUUCCAACAUUGCACGGCGGGUGGAAUCAAUCAAUCCGGACAAUGUCAUCUACGGUCUCAUUGGCAUCAACGGCCUCGUAUUGUUCAUGUGGCAGACCGCCGACACGUACUCGAAGAAACAAUUCAUGUUGACCAACUUUACCACGUCCCCUGCGCAUGUCAUGUCUGGACGAGUCCACACGUUGCUCACGGCAGCGUUCUCGCACAUGGACGCGGGACAUUUCUUCGGCAACAUGCUGGGGCUCUUCUUCUUUGGACGUGAAGUGUGCUAUAGUUUGGGUCCCAAGCGAUUCCUUGGCUUGUAUCUCGGCAGCGCAGUGGUGGCGUCCCUCGCGCAAGUGGUGACGCAGCCUCUCCUCUCGAAUCGCAGCAGCUUGAGUCUUGGCGCAUCUGGUGCUGUGAACGCCAUCACAGCCUUUUCCAUCUGCAUGUACCCCCACAGCACGAUCCUCGUCAUGUUUGUGCUACCCCUGCCAGCCUACGUUGUCGGUGGUCUUUUCAUCCUUCGCGACCUCUGGGGUGCUGUCGGCGACCGCAUGUCAAGCAUCGGUCACGUCGCGCAUCUUGCGGGUGCUGGGAUCGGCAUGUACUAUUACCGGCGCCUAUACGGUCGCCGCAGUGUAUUUCGACGAUUCUAAUGCACGAACGACAACGUUUUCAUGCCA